AUGCCAAAGGAAGUAUUCAACGGAAGUUUUAACCAAUUUGGAAUAGAAAAUUACAAUCCAGUUUGUAAUCCUAUUGUUCUAGGACAAAAGAUUAGAAGAGAUGAAGAUGGCAUAAAAGUGGAUGCAACUCAAUACAAGCAUAUAGUGGGAAUUCGGAUGUAUCUCACAGCCACUCGUCCUGAUCUCAUGAUUGUUGUAAGUCUUAUUAGUCGUUUCAUGGCGUGUCCAACACAACUACAUUUUGCAGCAGCAAAAAGGGUACUAAGGUACUUAAAAGGUACGGUGAACUAUGGUGUGUUUUAUAAAAGGGGAGCAGCUAGUGAGCUGGUUGGAUUCACUGAUAGUGACUAUGCUAGUGACAUGGAAGAUAGCAAGAGUACUUCAGGCUAUGUGUUUAUGAUGAGUGGAGGAGUAGUAGCUUGGUCAUCCCGAAAGCAACCUAUCGUCACCUUGUCAACUACAGAGGUUGAGUUUGUUGCAGCCGCUGCAUGUGCUUGUCAAGCUAUUUGGAUGAGGAGGAUUCUAAAAGAAAUUGGUUAUGUGCAGGCGGCUUGUACAAAGCUAAUGUACCUGCUGACAAAACCUCUCAAAGUGGAAGCAUUUCAGAAACUGCGUGAAGAGUUUGACAUGUGCACCGAUUCAGAUUUGAACUGA